CCGGCAGCCACCGGCCGGCCGCGGCCCAGCUCCUUUGGGGAGAGACUGCCCCUGCCCGCACACCGCCUCCCUCCGGGCGCGGUGAAGCGGGGCCGGGCCGGUGCCCGGUACCCCGGGGCCGCCCGCCCAGGCCCGGGCGAGGCGGGGCGGGCCCGGCGCUGGGGCGGGCAGGAGGGAGGCGGCCGGGGCGGCGCGCACAGGCCCGCCCGCACCUGCUCCCUCCGCCGCCGCCGCCGCCGCCUCCUCCUCCUCCUCCUCCUCCUCCUCCUCCUCCUCGCCCACCUGGCCGCCGCUCGGCCGUCCCCGCCGCGCUCGGCAGCCGCCGCCACAGCAACAUGUUGCCCAGGGAAGCCUCGUCCAUGCCGCCGCCUCCCAACCCCGCCGCCUACUUCCCGCCGCCCCGGGUCACUUUGCCCUCCGGCCUGGACAUACUGCGCACCUACUCGGGAGCCGUCAUCUUCCUGGAGAUCCUGUUUGGAACGAUAGUCUGGAUUUUGGUAGCUUCUACUCACGUUCCACUGCCGCUGCUGCAGGGAUGGGUAAUGUUUGUAGCGGUGACUUCGUGGUUCCUGUCCAUUGUGUUCCUCUGUGUGUUCCUCUUUGGUUAUGCAAAUAGAAUUGCUGUCAACUGGAACCAGACGGAUUUUCUUUUCCACGGGGCUACUUUUGUCUUUUAUUUUGGAGCUUUUCUACUGCAAGCAGCAACUACAUCUCUGCAUCACUUUCCCCGCAAAUUCAAUUCCACCACACAAGAGAAGAUUCUAGAUGAUCAUGAAUAUAACAUAAGCAUAGCAGCCUCGAUUUUUGCCUUUGCAACAGCUGUUUGUUAUGGUUGCAGCACAGCCCUGGCAUUAAGGAGAUGGAGGCUAUAGCAGUUGAAGAGAGGUUAAUGCCUGAGUGUUCCACUUCAGAUCAAAUUAAGUGCUACUUGUCUGUUUUACUGUAAUCUAAUUCCAAAAGGACUUUUUUUUUUUUGCUUAAAAUCUGUUUUAAAGUGCUGAAAUGCAAAUAACCCAUAAUCAGGAUUUCCUUAACAGAAAACAAGUUUCCAUCUCUUCCCUUCCUAGUUUUUUACUUUUAUUGUGUCCUCAUUAGAAGCACACUAAUUGUAUGGUAUUAUAGAGUUCAGGGAUAGACAGAUGUGUCAUUAGCAGAUAACAGAAUUCUAGUGCUGAAUCAGAAGAGGAAGAAAAUGGAAACUAAACAAACAUGUUAACUGCAUAGGCAGCUAAAAAGCUCCCCCCUUGUUAAGUCCUGGCAUUGGGCCUUCAGUGUUUUGCAGCGUUACGGUGCGUUCCUCACAGGUAGAGCCUUGAGGCUCCUUGUGGACUCACGGGUUUUCCGUGUGCUGCUCCUUGCGUGACCAGAGCCGAAGCUGACUUUGUGAUACCACCUUAGUAUAUAUAUUAUUAGCUUUGAUGUACAGAGAAAAUACUUUAAAUAUCCACCCAGUGAAAUCUUCUGAUACUCUUUUAUAGCCAUAUCCAGCUCGCGUCAUUUGGUCCUUAAGGCUUACUGUAUUCCUUAGUAAAUGGAAACUGUUUGGGACUGUCAGUCAGUAGUUCAUUAGUUUUAGGAAUUUAGCUCAAUCAGAUCUAUUUAUACUGCAAAACAAAACAGUGCAUUUGUGUUGUGUGUGUAUAUACAUGGUAUAUUUUUGUUUAACAGGAAUAUUUGCACUGUUUUACUUUGUUGGAGUACAGCUUUGUUUUUGUUACUUCAAGUUCUGCAUUUGUUACUUAUUAUGUGAGUCAAUAUAAUUUGAAUGGAAUGUUACCAAAUGGGGAAUAAUGUCUGACCUCGAUUCUUGCAGUGUGUUAUUUGUUGCAUUCUAGACCUGCAAUGUUGUAAAGGUGUUUUUAUUUGGACAGAUGCCUAUGCAACAUCUUACUGAAAGCAGUGGAAUGUAAAGCGAUCCGCCCACUAUGGAGUUUGCUUUCGGCACAAAUGAAGUUUAAUUGAGCCUCUCUUGAAUACCCCUGUUGUAUGAUGACAUGCAAUAUUACAUAUAGAAAAUUAAUUUAACAAAAAUUAACAAUAGCAUUGCAGUCUGCUCCCUAACAGUCAUGCCAUUUUGCAGAUGGUGAAACUUUUUUUUAUAAUGCUAGUAAAUAAUUUUUGCUCUUGUGAAAUAGUGCCAAAUUGAUAACCUGGUGGAAUGAAGGCUCCUUGUCAUUCAUAGAACAACUUGCUCACCACAUCUUGACAGUGCAUCUGAAUAUUUUGUAAAGACCAGUGGUGGUUGGGGGAGGGAAGACAGGACUUUCUUCAUUCCCAGGCCUACUCAUUCUCCUUGAGACAACAAGGGUGUCUGCUAUGAAGGUUCCUUUGUCAAACUUGUCAGGUACAAGGAUCUCUGAGAGCCAGCCACCCCUAGUAGCACCCUGCCGUCCCUGCUGACCCAGGACAGGUUCUUAUGGAUGACAUAGCAGUGAGUGGCAGCCCUUCCGACUACUGGAACCACUCGGUCAUCCUGAAUUACUGCAAUGGGAUCUUUUUGUAUAUCUUGUUUUCUGAAAUUUUUAUCUUCCAAAGAUUUUGUACGCUGGCUGAUGUAUUUUUUUUUUUUCUGAUUCUCUACUUGCAUUAAAACUUGUUUUGUGGACGUUUUACCUAGAGCCAUAGACUUUUAAAAAUACUUCGUAUUGUAUAAAAUGCAUUUACACUGGAGUAUAUGGAUGAAAGUAUAUUACAAAGACUUAUGCUAAGCAGCAUUAAAGUUACUUAAUAUAUUUAUGGCAGUAGUCUGGUUAUUAAUUCUGUCUUCAGAGAGUAUCAAAAAACUACCUUGCAGCUUUGACUGACCUGAUGCUAGCCAUAUAAAAUUAAGGCUAAGAUUUCUUGAGAAGGCACAAUUACAUUGGUGCUAGUUUUGUGUAGCGGUUUGCCAUGUGACACAGCAUGAAUAUUAGUGAGGAGAAGAGUAAGGUCGGCUAUGACGACAUUGCAAAUGGGCGCUGAUCUUUGGUGUGGAUUCGCCUUCAUCCUGCAACCUGGAUGUGCACUGCACACCACAGACCACGCAUGCCACAGCUACAGUCUGCAGCCAGCUGGGACGAUGGGGGAAAGAUCUUAAUUUUUUGCCUAUUUAAGCCUACAGAGUAUGAAUCCCACACAUGCUGUCAAUUAAAAAGCGGCCCAUGUUUAGUUGGCAUUUGUAUCUAACCUCUGAGUUCAAACCCAAGGUGUAAAGAUGAUGAUUGAUCAGUCUCUUCAAGUCUCUUAAGCUACUUGUUGAAGUCCAGAUAGCAGAGUGUGGUUAGCGUAACAUGGAAACUGUUUGUGUAGUGAGGAAAGGCUGAACUUCCCUCUUAAGUAUCAAAGACAAACAAAGGCCAGGGAAGAGAUAAAGGUAAAAACUACAGUAGAACGGCUUUCAUAGCUAAAAAGGAGUGAAAGAAUGGAAAUUUUCUGCUAGUAUGCAAGGAAUUUUGCUCUACUUUGAGGAAGAUCUAAAGAAGGACACACCAGAACAA